AUGUCGCAUCAGCUUGUGCUCAGCGUCGUCACCAAUCCGGACCCCCUGGCCCACCUGGUGCUGCCGCUGUCCAUUGCUGGUUCAGCUGUUGUUGGGCUUCUGUCUCUGCCUGCUGUGUUUGCUCUUCUUACCCAGAUUCGCAAUCGAACUCCAAAGGACAACUUUUACCAAGAUGUCGACGGUACCAGCACGCCCGAGGCAGUUGCUUCGUUUUCCAACAAAUGGCCCAAAGUUGCGAUUCUUCUCUUGUCUCUGACAAGCUUUGGUCCAUCCCUGGCCCUGUCCGUCCUCUCCAGCCUUCACCUGAAUAAAGAUGAUCUGUUUGUUCCCAACUGGCUGAUUACCGCUGCUCUUGCUGCCAUUGUCAUCCAAGCCAUUUGUAUCUUUGCCCACCGGUCCCCCGUCAAAUCCCAUGAUCUUGGCAUUUGGGCAUUUGGUUCGACCUUUCUCAGUAUCUUGGUCGGUAUUCUCCAUUCUCUCCACGCUUUGCAGCUAGGAGCUUCCAAGAAUGAUCCCGUUUUCAUUCUUCGGCUGGUCAGCUUAGGAGCUACCGUCCCGUUACUGUUUGCCAACAUUUCAAUCCCGCGACGACCGGAUGUUUUCCACAACGAUAAACCGGUAGACGCGCAAUUCACAACAUCUGUCCUGAGUCGAUACACUUGGUCUUGGGGGGAGCCCCUGGCAAAGUUGGCUGUGAAGAAGGGUGAUUUAGACGAAAAGGAUAUUCCCGGGCCAGAUCACAACUUUAGAGCCCGUGAUCUGGUCGACGCCUGGCGCAGCUUUGAAUUCAAGGGCACGCUUCUUAAGAAUCUUCUUCGAGCUUACAUGCCUAUUGUUCUCGUCCAAUGGAUUGUUACGAUUGUCCGCUCAUGCGUUGGCCUUGGGCCGUUUUGGGCCAUGCUGCGAGUGAUUGAGCUCUUAGAGCAGCGAUUAGAGCAGCGACCAAUGGGCCUAAUUUUGGCAUAUAUUGUUUCCCUUGCCCUUUUCUCCCUCACUGGACAGUGGCUGCAAGGAUGGGUUCACUGGGCCUCAAUGUACAAGACGUCUAUCCCCCUCCGAGGCCAGCUUUCGGCUCUUAUUUUCGAAAAAUCGUUGAAACGUAAAAAUGUUAAAAUGGCGGAGAAAGAACCGGAAAAGACAGACGACAACGAGGCAGAAGGCCAGAAUGACGCAAAGAAAUCCGACGAAGAAGAUACCGUUUUGAAGUCUCGCCAAGCCAUUGUGAACCUCGUCGGUGUCGAUGUUCGACACGUAUCCAAUCUCGCCUCCUUCCAGGUUUUUAUCAUCAGCAGUUUCUCCAACCUUUUUCUUUACUGUGGCUUCCUGCUAAACUUGAUUGGUUUCUUGCCCUUUGCCGCUGGCAUCUUGGCCUGGGCCAUUGUAUUGCCCGUCAACGCGUUUUUCACCAAGAAGUACAUGAAAUACCAGGCCACACUCAUGAAGAAUCGUGAUGCCAAGCUAGCCAUUAUCAACGAGGCGCUUCUAGGCAUUCGUCAAAUCAAGUUUUCGGCUUUGGAGAAUCAAUGGGAGAAGCGUAUUCAAGAAAUGAGAGAGCAGGAGCUCACAACUUUAAAAAAUACCUUCAUAGCUGACUCUAUUCUGUUCGCAUGCUGGGUUAUUAGCCCAAUUUUCCUUGCGGCCGCCUCACUUACCGUCUAUGCCAUUUUACACGGCAACCUGUCCGCGUCGAUUGCCUUCGUCAGCAUCAGCAUCUUCAAGAGUCUGGAAGUCACUCUUGGAGCCUUGCCAGAGCUCCUUACCACUACGGUCGAUUCACUUGUUUCAAUCAAGAGAAUCGACACAUAUCUGAGCGGCCCUGAGAUGAAGAAGGUUCUGUCCGAGGGACCAGAUGUGGCUUUCGACAAUGCGACCGUUUCCUGGCCUGUUGAUGUUGAAACACCCGAGGAAGAGCGCUUUAUUCUUAAGAAUGUCAACCUAUCUUUCCCUGCUGGAGAGCUAUCUGUUAUAUCUGGCAAAACUGGAACAGGAAAGAGUCUGUUACUUUCGGCCAUUCUCGGUGAAGUUGAUCUUCUACAAGGCAACAUUUAUGCGCCCCCUGCCGUAGGAGCGCUUGAGCGUAAUGACCACAAAGCUCAUCCUGGAAACUGGAUUCUUCCUGGCAGCGUUGCCUAUGUGGCCCAGACACCUUGGCUGGAAAGCGCAUCUUUCCGAGAUAACAUUCUAUUCGGUCUCCCAUAUGAUGAGGCCAGAUACCAGAAAGUCAUUGACAUUUGCGCAUUGAAGAAGGAUCUCGAAAUUUUGCCCGAUGGUGACAAGACAGAGCUUGGAGCUAAUGGAAUCAACUUGAGCGGCGGCCAGAAAUGGAGAGUGACAUUGGCUCGAGCAAUCUACUCACGCGCCGAGAUCCUGGUUAUGGAUGAUAUUUUUAGCGCUGUUGACGCCCACGUUGGCCGGCACAUUUUUGAGAAAUGCAUUAGCGGUGAAAUCUGCGAAGGACGUACACGAAUUUUGGUUACUCACCACGUGGCACUCGUGCAAGCCAAAGCCAAAUACUUGGUUGAACUUGGCGAAGGCACUGUUUUAGCGGCCGGCCUGACAUCUGAGCUUGCUGAGGACGGCACUCUCGAAAGGAUCAAGACUAGGGAACAAGACCCAGAGGAGAUUCAGCGGGAAGAAGCUGGCGAGGCCUCAACGGUGGUCAACUCGGAAGACGCAUCUGUUACUGGUGUUGAUGGAAUCUCAAGUGAAAGCACUGUGGAUGGAGAACCAGCCAAAGAUAAGGCCGCCAAAGCAUUCAUCGAAAAAGAGACUCGCGAUAAGGGGCAAGUUAAGAGCCGAAUUUACAAGACAUAUCUACAACACAGCGGUGGCUGGAUAUUUUGGAUCAUCCUCGCUAUUAUAUACGUCAGUUUCGAAGUAAGCAACUUGAGUCGCAAUUGGUGGGUGAAAAUCUGGACUGCAGCAAGUGACGGUCAAGUCGAUGGCGUCCAUGCAUUUGAAGCAGAGCAAAAACAUGGUCUUGCAUAUGGCCUCACUUUAGAGCAUAGUCCUCUCCAUGUUACUUCCAGCCUGCGGAACACCGAGUCAACAGAGCACAGCCUGACCUAUUACUUAUUGAUCUAUGUCGCUCUGUCGGGCGCCAGCGCAAUUAUAGGAACGCUGCGCUUCCUUUGGUCCUUCAUCAUGAGCAUCAAGGCUAGUAGGAGCUUGUUCAACCUAAUUCUCUUCACGGUCCUCCGAACUCCUCUGCGGUGGCUUGACACAGUCCCCGUCGGCCGAAUUCUUAACCGCCUCACAGCUGAUUUUGACAUCAUCGACAAUCGCAUCAACGUUGAUAUUGGACUGGUACUUUGGCGUGGCUUGGGCCUCGUGGGCAUUUGUGUUGCUGCUACCCUUGUUUCGCCCUAUAUCCUUCCCAUGGCAUUCGUUUUGACCUUCUUUGCCGUCUCAGUUGCCAAACGAUACAUGGCUGGCGCUAGACCGAUGAAGAGACUUGAAAGCACAUCCAAGUCACCCGUCUUUGAGCAAUUCAACGCGACCUUGUCAGGCAUUGCGACUCUUCGAGCCUAUCAGAAGACAGAGGUAUACGUGGAUCGCAUGCACGGGCAACUCGAUGCCUGGGAUGCUGUAAGUAUUUAUGGCAGUAUAUUCAAUCGAUGGAUGUCCUUCCGUAUGGCUCUGAUUGGCACUGCUUUCAGCUCUAUCGUUGGUAUUGUCAUUGCUGUAUCUCCCUACAUUGACGCCGCCAUGGCUGGUUUCACCCUGGCGUUUGCUAUUGAUUUUGCCGGAAAUAUUCUCAUGACUCUUUGGUGUUAUACCAACUUGGAACUGGAUAUGAAUGCUACUGAGCGUGUCAUCGAAUAUGCAGACCUCAAGACGGAGCCUUUGGAUGGCGAGAAGGCUCCUGCGGCUUGGCCUACGUCCGGAGAUAUCGAGGUCAAGGAUCUCGAGGUUGGUUAUGCUGAAGAUCUACCGGCUGUCUUGAAAGGCGUUUCAUUCAACGUAAAAAACAACGAGAGAAUUGGUGUUAUUGGCCGUACCGGCGCUGGAAAGUCAUCGCUUACUCUGGCCCUCUUCCGUUUCCUGGAGGCUCGGUCCGGUACCGUCUUGAUCGAUGGCGUAGACAUCUCCAAGAUUGACCUUCACAGCCUCCGAUCACGAUUGGCCAUCAUUCCCCAGGACCCUGUAUUGUUCUCUGGCUCUGUCAGGAGCAACCUUGAUCCCUUCAACGAGCGUACUGACGAGGAACUUCGCGAGUCCCUUCACCGCGUCCACUUGGUCGACUCUCAACCAGCCACGCCAGCCAACGAGCCAGCCUCAGCCGCCGUCUCUACCGCCUCUCCAGUCAACGCCAACAUCUUCCGAGAUCUCUCAAGCGGCAUUGCCGAGUCUGGCGGUAAUCUGUCUCAAGGCCAGCGCCAACUCCUCUGCAUGGCCCGCGCCAUUGUCUCGCGACCCAAGAUCAUGGUGCUCGACGAGGCCACCUCAGCCGUGGACAUGGCGACUGACACUCUCAUCCAGCGCAGCAUCCGCGAGGAGUUCACGGACAGCACGCUCAUUGUGAUUGCGCACCGUCUUAGCACGAUUGCCGACUUUGACCGCAUCCUCGUUCUCAGCGACGGCAAGGUGGCGGAAUUCGGCACACCGAAGGAACUAUGGGAGUUAGAAGGGGGCGUGUUUAGAGAUAUGUGUGAAAGCAGUGGUGAGAAGGAUAAGCUACGCGAAACGAUCUUGGGGAAGUAACGGGAUAGAAAUUUCGUGCAUGGGGUGAGCUGGAAGCAAUGGAAAAAAAAAAGAAAAGAAGUAUAAAUAAAGGGGUACAAAAGAGGUAAAUUUUCCAUGUCUGUGUUUCUUUGGCUUUUUCGUCUUUUUUCUGCAAAUAGUUUUGGUCUUAUGUCAUUGCUACACUGUUUGUUACUUGCGACAACUAUACUACUAGAGGUAGGUAGCAAAAAUCGCAUUAGGUAGUCCACUCGAAUACUGUUGAAUGGUC